AUGGCGACCAAGACACCCCUGGCGAGCCGGUUGGUGCGGAGAAUCGAGGUCAACCGGGACACCGACACCAAUGUGGACAUCUAUGUCAACAAAGACACCAGGCCGUUGCCUCCGUCUCGCCGGACCUAUGGGCCGUGGGAAUUUGUUGGGCUUUGGAUGGUCACCGGGUCUUUCAACGUCGGCGGAUGGACUACAGGCUCUUCUCUGAUUUCUCUUGGGCUUAACGUCUGGCAAUCGAUGAUUGCCAUCGUCGUAGCUCACAGUUUCGCUGGUCUUCUUUGCCUAGCGGGUGGUCACCCAGGCGCAAAAUGGCACAUAGGUUUCCCUCUCUGGAUGAAGCAGAAUUGGGGUAUCUGGGGCUACCUUUUCCCAAUGGCCAUCCGAGUCUUCCUGUCCUUUGUCUGGACCGCCACAAACACGUGGUACGGUAGCCAGUGUCUCAAGGUCCUUUUGACGUGCAUCUGGCCCUCCUUUCUCGACCUGGACACCGAGCUCGCCAAUGGUGCGAUGAGGGCGUGCGACUUCGUGGCCUUCGUCGUCUACUUCCUCCUCUGCCUGCCUCUGAUGUGGUUCAGCCCGGAGAACUACCGCAAGCCGUUCCUCGUCGCCUCGACGACCGUCGCCACCACCGUCUUCGCCCUCCUCAUCUGGUCCACCGUGCGCGCCGGCGGCGGCGGCGCCCUCCUCGCCGACGUCUCCAGGGUCUCGGGCGUCCACCCGGCCAGGGGCGGGGACCUGGGCUGGGCCUUCGUGACCGCGGUCACCGCCAACAUCGGCGGCAUCGCCACGCACAUGUGGUCGCAGUCGGACUACACCCGGUACGCGCGCAAGCCCGGCGACCAGGUCCUGGCGCAGCUCGUCAUGGUGCCCCUGGGCACCAUCGUCGUCGCCUGCGCGGGCAUCAUCUGCACCUCGUGCGCGGCCACGCUGUACCCCGACGAGGGGAAGCUGCUGUGGCAGCCGUACGCCUUCCUGGACGCGGUGCGGGCGAACGAGGACAACCCCGGCGCCCGUGCUGGUGUCGCGUUCGCCAGCGUCGCGUUCGUGCUGUCGCAGUUCGGCAUGGUCGUCGCGUCGAACUGCGUGGUCGCCGGAAUCGACCUAGCGGCGCUGCUACCGCGGUGGUUCACGGUGCGGCGCGGGGGGUAUUUCACCAUCGUCUUUGUCUUCGUCAUGCAGCCGUGGUCCCUGCUCAACAGCGCCAGUAGCUUCCUGACGGUCGUCGGGAGCUUCAACGUCUUCCUCGGCCCGCUCAUGGGCAUCAUGUUCGCCGACUACUUCCUCGUCCGCGGGCGCACCGUCAAGCUCACCGACCUGUACGGGGACUCGGCGAGGAGCAUCUACUGGUACGCCGGGGGAUGGAACUGGCGCGCGGCCGUCGCCUGGGUGCUGGGGGCCUGGCUGUUCGUCCCGGGUCUGGCGCAGCGGGCUGUCGCGCCCGGCGAGAGCUGGGCCGGGUGGACGAGGCUCUAUCAGCUGUCGUGGUUCGUGGGCUGCCUCGUGUCUGGCCUGAUAUACCUGGCGCUAGACCACGUCUGGCCGGUGCCCGACAGGCUGGCCGUGGAUGAUUUGGAUUAUUUCGGCACGUUUGGCGACGCUCCUGUGCUUCGUGGAGUGGCUGAGCCGGACGCCAUCUCCACGAGGUCUGGGAACGUGGACGUCGUCGACGAGAAGAAUUCAGGGGUGGGUGGGGAGAAGAUCGAGCCCGUCUGA